AUGUCGCAAUUGGCGGAGAAGAAGACCUCCGAGUCUGCCUCGGAGGAACAGUCGCAGGGAGAGUUGAUCAAUGCGUCGGGCCACCGCCAGGAACUCGAUCGGAACUUCAGUCUGCUCAGCAUCUGCGCCGUCGCUGUGACCACGGGAAACACGUGGAUCGCGCAAGGUGGCAGUGUGGUGACAGCAUUGAACAACGGUGGUCUGGCUGGAUGCAUUUAUGAAUUCAUGGCAGUUUCGGCCUGCUACUGGCUCGUCGCAGCAUCCAUUGCGGAACUGGCAUCGGGAAUGCCCUCGGCCAGUGGAGUGUAUCACUGGGCGACCAUCACCGCCGGAAAGCAUGGUCGCAUCUGUGGUUUCUUUGCUGGUUUCUGGAACUGUCUGGCCUGGAUCUUGGGUGCGGCCUCGAUGUCCUCGAUUCUGGGACAGCAGACGGUAUCCAUGUAUGCGCUGAUGCACCCUGGUUUUGUCCCGCAAACCUGGCAUGUCUUCGUGAGCUUCAUCAUCUGUACCUGGCUCUGCUGCUGUAUCGUCCUCUUCAUGAAUCGCUUUCUGCCAUAUAUUGGCAACCUCGGCAUGUUCUUCAUUCUCGCCGGUGUGUUGAUUACGAUCAUUGUGUGUGCUGCCAUGCCAUAUGUGAACGGUGUGGGCUACGGCUCCGACUACUCGGUCUGGCAAGAAUGGACCAACGGAACCAACUACUCCCAGCAGGGCUUUGUCUUUGUUGCCGGCAUGCUCAACGGUGCCUACAGUGUUGGCACUCCGGACUGCUCGUCCCAUCUGGCCGAGGAAAUCCCCAAGCCCAGUCGGAACAUCCCCAAAGCCGUGCUAGCCCAGAUGGCCGUCGGCUUCGUCACCGGCGUCUGCUAUAUGAUCGCACUCUUCUACUCGAUUCAGGACCUCCCACAGGUCGUCAAAAAUGUCUACAACUUCCCUUUGGCCGAAAUCUACUACCAAGCAACGGGGUCUCGCGGCGGCGCUCUCGGGCUGUUGAUUGUCGCCUUCCUCCCCACCGUCAUCACCUGCGCGGGUUGCUACAUCACCGCGGGCCGUACGCUGUGGACACUCUCCCGCGACCACGCCACCCCGUUCUCGAACUGGCUGGGCCAAAUCAACCCGACCUUUCACAACCCGUUCAACGCCACCCUGGUCUGCGGCGGCCUGAUCACCAUCCUGGCCUGCAUCUACCUCGGCUCGACCACCGCCUUCAGUGCCUUUGUGGGCUGCUUCGUGCAGUUGUCCAGUCUUUCCUACUUUAUGGCUAUCUUCCCUCACCUUCUGACCCGUCGCUCUUCUUUCGUGUCGGGUUUCUUUUUCAUGAAAGGCCCGAUUGGUUUCAUCGUCAAUGCCCUGUCCUGCGUCUACAUCCUCUCCUUUGUGGUCAUCUUCUGCUUCCCAUACGCUUUGCCCGCUGAGGCGCAGUCCAUGAACUAUGCCAGUCUGAUGACCGGUGGAUUGUCGAUCUUUGUUGCUGUCUGGUGGUUCGUCCGCCAGAGUAGCUAUGAAGGGCCGAAGAAUAUCCCCUUGACCGACAAGGCGCUGAUGGAGGAUGCUCAGUGA